UUAAAGUAUAUGAAGGAACAAAAUCAUUACAAAUAGGUAGAGGCGUGAGACAGGAUACUUUUAAAAGAUUAGAAUGGGAAAAAAAGGUAUAAAAAUUUGUGGACGCUUGAACGCUUGAACCAUCUAAUGUACGCUGAUGACAUCGUAUUGGUAACCGAUAAAAAAGAAGAAUUAUUUGAAAUGAUGAUAGAACUGGACGUAGAAGCUGGAAAGAUAGGCCUUAAUAUGAAUUACAGCAAGACCAAAACUAUAACAAAUACAGAUGAAGACAUCACAACGAGAAUCGGACAAGAUGAAAUAGAACAAGUUAAGGAUUAUAUAUAUCUUGGUAAAACUAUAAAACUUAACAAAGAGAACCAAACAGCAGAGAUCAAGAAACGAAUUAGACUGGCAUGGGCGGCAUUUGGCAAACUAAGCUACAUUCUUAAAAACAAAAGAUAUCUACAGCAUCUUAAGACCAAAGUAUAUAAUCAAUGCGUACUCCCUGUUGUUACUUAUGGUUCCCAAACGUGGACAUCUACAAAAGCAAACAUAGACAAAAUCAUAAAAACCCAAAGAGCAAUGGAAAGAAAAAUGUUGCACAUAAGACUAAUGGAUAAGAAGAGAAACGAGUGGAUAAGAGAAAAAACAAAAGUGAGGGAUGUUAGACAAGAAGUUGCAAAAUUGAAAUGGAGAUUUGCAGGAUACAAUAUAAGACAAAAAGAAGACCGAUGAAACAAAAUUCUUAUAAGUUGGAGACCGUGGGAAUAUAAAGGAAACAGAGGAAGGCCCCAAAUGAGAUGGGCAGAUAAUAUCAAGAAGUACGUGGGCUCUAGAUGGAUGACUGUAGCGACAGACAGAGAAGAAUGGAAAAGGAUUGGGGAGGCCUAUGUCCAAAGAUGGACCGAAGAAGGCUUA